AUCCGAAUGUUUAUUACCUUGCCUUACAUUUCAGUCGCCUAUCUUUGACCGAGCGUAGCUUGUGAGCGUCUUUCACUAGUGUCGGUUGGAGGAGCUCUAAAGCAACGUUAACACACACCGAGUCUGCGUGUGAAGAGUCCCACCGUUAUGUGCGCUCUGACACUCGAAACUGAAAAUCCCAGCAGUGGGGACGGAGCGUGUUGACGUGUAGUGAAGAAAUGUCCCUCCAGCUUCAUUCACCAGCACUGUAGAGGCUAACACAGCUGAGCGGAGCCUCCUCGAAGACAGCCAUCAUGCGUGCACGCGCGGCCGUGCUGUCUCUUUCUUACGGGUUUCUGCUCGGGUCGCUUUGGUCAGCACAGACUCUUCAGAAAGCUUCAGCAGUGUGUACAUGCAAGAAUCUGACCAUCUGUGAACAGUUCUGUAACGCCACUGAAGAGAUCCAUGAUUUUAUUUGCUUUGGAUGGCGAAUUCAACAAGACAUGGUUGAUUACAAAUGUGUGUGGAAUCUUAAGCCAUACAGGACAUAUAAUCUCUACACAAAACAGAGACUAUGUAAACAAAGGGAACUGGAAAACCAAUCCUUGAUCUCAAAGUCUUUUACUCUAUUAAAGAUAAAUAUGACUGCAUAUGCCAUUGCUGCGAGUGAAGAUCAGAAGAGAUGCACCAUCGCAAAGUUCACUGGCAUUCCCUUACAAAUGAUACAUUGUGACCCACCUAAUGAGAAUAAUGUAAGAUUCAAGCGAAGACAAGGCUAUUUGAGUGUUACAGCUGAGUGGAGAGAUAAGAGUGUAAAGCAGUAUUAUGUGAAGUACAGGGAACAAAACAGCACAUUGUGGAAAGAGGUGCAGUGCAACAACAGCAAAGACUGCAUCGUGGGGAAUCUUACCUCGUAUAUGUCUUAUGAGAUGCAUAUACAAUGUGUUGUCACAACAGAGUGUCCUCAGUGUCCCUUGAGUGAGGUCAUUCACAUCCCACAAGAAUUUGUAGACGCACCAACCAUAAAAGAAAUUAAUGAGACACCUUUCAACCCUGGACAGAGAAUAGUAAUUGUGAAGUGGCAGUAUAAACACAGUGAGGCUGUGGAAAAUUAUAAUGUAACUAUUUGGAAGGCAUCUGGUGAACUUGCUGAAGUGAGCAGUUACAUCCUUAAAACACAGACUAUGAGCCUGAUUCUGUGCUAUUCUGCCUACAUGAUCAGCAUCAAUGCCUUCAACAGAGCUGGAUCAUCUCCUCCUGCCUAUGAAGUCAUAAAAGCCAAGAUGAAUCAAAGUGCUUUGGAUGAAACUUUUAAUGUCAGUGUGAAAAGCAAUAGCAACUUCCGUCUUUCAUGGAAUAAAAUGUUGUCCCAGGAGUAUGCCUGCUAUUCUGUAGAAUGGUGGAGGAGUGGGGAGAAAAUAAGUUACGAGUCCUUCUUUGUGAAGAAAGCCUACCAUGACGUCAGAACUAAGAAUGUCACAUUUCAGCCCUACAAGAGAUACCACUUCUUCCUGCAUGCCAGGCCAGAUAAAGACACAUGCAACCUGAAGAACAUCAACGACAGUGAGAAGACCUAUGGAACAGCCAGUGUCUACCUCUUAGAAGGAACACCACUUACUGCUCCUGGGAACGUAAGUGUCUCUAAUGUCACCCAGAGUUCCUUUGUGCUUAAUUGGAGCCCGGUGGCUGAGGAGGACCUGCGUGGUUUCCCACAAGGCUACAUAAUCUACUAUGGUGAUGCACUUGGCAACAUAAAAAACAUCACAGUGGGUCCUCAUACGAACAGCUACAAGUUGAUUAAUCUGCGAAGCCGAAAUGAGCAUCAUGUACAGCUAUCCGCAUUCACGGCUGCAGGAGAGGGAAAGCGAAGUGCCUUAACAUACGUUAAAACAAACCCAGAUGCAGUAGCAAUAGGUGGAAUGCUCGCAGGAGUUGUCGUGGGGAUCAUCGCUUUGUUGCUGAGUGUUCACUUCUGCUGCCGUCUUCUGCAUAGAUCCAAGAAUCUGCUAUGGCCAAGCAUACCAAAUCCAUGCAACAGUAAUGCUGUGCAGAAAAUUGAAGGUGGCCCCGAAUUGGAGUUGUUUGAGCCCCUCUACAGACAGAAUCUUGAGGAGACUGAGGAACAUGUAAGUGUGGUAGAGUUCAAAAAGUAUGCAUGCUGUUCCAGCAAACUCACUGUCAUUUCACAGGACUGUACAAAGGCAAACCUUACUCCUGGUACGGUGGCUGAGGACACUCGGACUCAACAGUCUCCUAAACUUUUAACCACCACAAAUUCUGUGUCUGCUGAGGCCAUUCUCACAGACAGUAACAAGAAUGAUUCUGCACCUGUCCCACCCAUUGACACCAGUGACAGCAGUGAAGACAGCACAGUCAACACUACGGUUGACGCCUCAAAUACAAGAGCUGUUGACUGUGUCUCCACAACUGUAGCAAAACCAGCAGUGGUCUUUGUUAGUGACUACACUACCAUGGAGCUGUUCCAGCAAAUUUCCAAGGCUGGGGUUCAAGAUCCUUCCAGCCAGAUAGGGGACUCUGACACAGCGCCCUCAAAUUCAGGACAGGACUACAUUCGCCAGGCUCUCAGUUUUGAGGAGAAUUUGUAACAUGUUAAUGCAGACUGUAUUACUGUGCACCAACUUUAUGAAAUGUAUGCUGCAAAUAUAAUUAUAAAUCUAUUUUCAGAAUAAUCUGCAGAUAUUAAUAAACCAGAAUGUCUUCAUAUAUGUACAUUAAUUUAGGGUUGCCAAGACAUCCAAAUAUAUAUAUAUUGGUGAAAAACAAGCAUCUCCAAAAUAACAGGAGAGGGCACUUACUUGUUCCUUACUUUAAGUGUAAAUUAAUGUAAAGAGAUUUCAGUGUAAUUUUGGAGCAUUUCUAUGUUUCCAAUCAUCAUGAAAUUUUCACAUGAAGUAAAGGACAGCUGCUGAGCUCAGUUGAUAUAUUCAGGUAUUCCCAUGAGUGGCAGUCCAUGGAGCCCAAGCACUGUGACCUUAUGUGCCAACAUGGGGCUUUGCCUUUUAUACAGACAAAUAAACAGUUUUCAUGAUUUUUAAGUGUCUAUGUAGAACUAUGUUUCAUUUCUGAACAGGUUGACAUUUUGACCUUUGUGUUACAAGCAAUAAACUUAUAAUCAAUAAACAA